CCAGUUCAAAUAGUACUCAUCAUCACGUACACAUGCACAGGCGCACAGCCACUCCCGUGUAGUACAACACAGUUAGGCAGCAAAGAAAUGGCUUCGACCUCCUCCCGCCGCAUGGUGGCCUCCGCCCUCUUCGUCGUCCUGCUGCUCCUCGUCGCCUCAGAGAUGGGGACGACGCGGGUGGCGGAGGCGAGGCACUGCCUGUCGCAGAGCCACAAGUUCGUGGGCGCCUGCAUGAGCUACAGGAACUGCGAGGGCGUGUGCAACACGGAGGGCUUCCCAUGGGGCGUGUGCAGGUGGCACGGCAUGGAGCGAAAAUGCUACUGCAAGAGGCUCUGCUAGCUGGCCGGGCCGCGGCUGGAUGCAUUCCCCAGCCGGCCGGCAAGCCUGGACCGGCCGGGCUGGAAGGUUUACUGUUAUCGCGUCGCGUUCCCAUCUCUUAUACCGUGGUCUGGUCACUGUUGUCGUGUCUUCAGUUACUGCUCUCAGACAUACGUGCCCGCCUCGUGUAGUCAUGUACCCGUUUCAGUUACUGCUCUCAGACAGACGUAAGAUGUUUUAUUAGCUAUUUUAUUAGCUAUAUGAAAACAUAAUAAUAAACCCUGUCGUUGCUGCUUUUAUAUCGAUGUGUUCGUGCUACGCCAAUGUCACUGCUAAACAAUGUGUAUAGCAUUAUGGAUAACUUAUACUGUAUAUGAAAUGUGCUACCGUUAAGUUAUUUUGUAGGUUCUUCAAAGAAUGUGUAAAGCUUAUCGUGUAAAGCUUAUCAUCUCGGUGGCAGAGGUGGCUGGUGG